AUGACUCUUCUACAGCUUAUCUACAGUGGCGUUGAGUGUAUGAGACUUAAUGAUGAUGAUGCAGUGACGAUCUCGUUGUUGUUGUUUUUUCUAUUACUAUGGCCACGUUCAUUGCUGANNNNCCUAAGCUCGAAGGUCAAGUACUUCCUCAAUGCGCAUGCUAAUGAUCUCCCUCUGGACCGUCUGCCCAAGGUUAAGACAGCUGCUAAUCUGAUGAGAUUGCUAGCCUACAACAAUAAACAGUAUCUCACAGCUGGCCUUAUUGUGGCUGGAUGGGACCAGACUGAGGGGCCUCAGGUUUAUUCGAUACCUCUGGGUGGUACUAUUAUCAAGCAAAACAUCGCUACGGGUGGUUCUGGGUCGACUUACAUUACGGGGUUGGUUGAUCAUUUGUAUCGCCCUGAUAUGAGCAGAGAGGAGGCUGAGGACUUCGUGGCUAAGGCGGUGGCUCAUGCUAUGGCCCGUGAUGGAUCUUCUGGUGGAGUUAUCCGUGUCACCACUGUCACCGAGAAAGAUGUGGCCGAGAAGUGCCUAUAUGCUGAUAAAAUACCGUAA